UCGAGAUCGACGGCGUCAUAGACAAAAAAGACUACCUGUCUGGGCGCAUGUUCAUGGGUAAAUCGGCAGCUGCACCCGCGGAGCAGGCAACAAAGCGUGCGGAGCCUGGGUACAGAUCGCUUUCCGUGGGCAAGUCGGUCCCGGCCAGCAAGGCGAAGGUGAAGAGGACCGAGUCUUCGAGCAGCACUAAGAGCGCUAUGCCCGAGUACACUCCCUCAUCCAAUAGGCAGCAGCAGUUCAAAACACCACUGCUGUCGAAUACAGUGCUUCCGCAGCGCAGCCCAUCGAUGCCCACGCCCCGCCACGAUCCGAAUGCACCGAACGCAUUGGUCAUGAAGCGGCCUACAGUCAUACCGAAGGGGAAGCGGGUUGUAGAUGUCGUCGUGGACCCUGUCUUGAGCAAGCACCUCCGUGAUCAUCAAAGAGAGGGCGUGAAGUUCCUGUAUGAGUGUGUCAUGGGCAUGCGAAGCGAAGGCGAAGGAGCGAUCAUGGCCGACGAGAUGGGUCUCGGAAAGACCUUGCAGACUAUCGCAUUGAUCUGGACUCUUCUCAAGCAGAACGCGAUACACGAUAGUGGGCCGGCUAUUACGAAGGCGCUCAUCGUCUGUCCAGCCGGUCUGGUCGACAACUGGAAGCGCGAGUUCCGCAAGUGGCUGGGCAAUGAGCGAAUUGGCGUAUAUGUCGCUGAUGCAAAAAACAAGAAGAUUGCGAACUUCACUAUGGGCAAGGCUUAUAAUGUCUUGAUCAUUGGGUAUGAGAUGCUCCGGACAGUGCAAGAGGAGCUCAAGAGAGGUGCGGGUGUCGACAUUGUUAUCGCAGAUGAGGGGCAUCGACUGAAGACUGCGAACAACAAGUCUAUGCAGGCGAUUCAGGGGCUCAACACUGAGAGACGGAUCAUUUUGUCAGGCACACCGCUGCAGAAUGACCUGGGCGAAUUCUACACGGCAAUCGACUUUGUCAAUCCCGGACUUCUCGGUCAGCGUGCCGCAUUCAAGCGUGCUUUCGAGGCCCCUAUUAUUCGAAGCCGUCAGCCCGACGCGAGCGAGUCGGAGCUGGAGAAGGGCGAGGCACGAUGGCAGGAGCUGGUGUCCUUGACCAGCAAGUUUAUGAUCCGGCGCACGGCGGACGUUCUGUCAAAGUAUCUGCCGCCAAAGACAGAGCAUAUCGUCUUCUGCCGACCGACGAAGGCGCAAGCUGAAGCGUACCGCAACAUCCUGUCCUCGCCGCUAUUCACGGCCGCUUACGGCAACAUGGACAUGGCACUCCAGCUCAUCACUAUCUUGAAAAAAGUUUGCAACAGCCCAUCGCUGCUAAAGUCGAAGAAGGACACGGAGGGGAAAGAGUCGGAGACGAUAGAGUCGAUUCUCCCGCUUAUUCCGCCACAAAUCUUGAACUCACACGCAUCCAGCACAAAGCUGCGUCUGCUCGAUAGUCUUGUGCAUCGCCUCUACACCACAACAGAAGAAAAGAUCGUCAUCGUCUCGAACUACACAAUGACUCUCGAUAUGAUCGAGCGCCUUCUCACAUCCCUGUCGUACACCUACCUGCGCCUAGACGGCAGCACACCCGCCAGCAAACGCCAAGGUCUCGUUGAGAGAUUCAAUAAGACCACCAAAGCCACGAAUUUUGCCUUUCUACUCUCCGCAAAAUCCGGUGGCGUUGGUCUGAAUCUCAUCGGCGCAUCGCGGAUCGUGCUGUUUGAUAUCGACUGGAACCCCGCCACCGAUCUACAAGCCAUGGCACGCAUCCACCGCGAUGGCCAGAAGCUUCCUUGCAAGGUCUACAGAUUCCUUGUUCAGGGUGGCUUGGAUGAGAAGAUCUACCAGCGCCAGGUCAUGAAGAUGGGCCUUGCUAACGCUGUUGUCGAUAACAAGCAAUCCGCAUCCUCAUUCUCGAGAGACGAGCUAAGAGAUCUGUUUCGGCUGGAUGAGCGCGAGACGUGCCAGACGCACGAUUUGCUCGGAUGUACGUGUGACUGUAUGGGUGCGCCGGAGGUCAAGCUCGAAGAUCUGCUCGAGGUUGUUGAUGAGGAUAGUGAUGAUGACAAGCCGCUUCUACUUAGCUUGAAGAAAGCGAGCGAAGUCAACAUGGAGGAGCAGGAGGCUGACCUUGAGAGUCGGAGGAAAGCGAAGAUGCCAAAGCUCAGGAUGCUGAUGGAGUACCAUCAUAUUGACACAAAGCACAUCUCGGAAGGGCUCGUUGACGAGGAAGAGCUGGCCGUUGCCGUGGACGAUGAUGUCUUCUUUGAGGUGGUGAAACAGAGUGAGAGCAAUGUCGGGUUUUUGUUGACGAAGUCAAGUUCGUGAGUCGACUAUGGGUGUGAAAAUACAUCAUCGCACAGCAUCGGCGUUUUAGGAUUGCGUGGGAGGCAGAUGAUACAAACGAAUGAUGAAAGCGAAAGCGUAUGGCAGCACCACGUGAGCGAUAUACCCUAGAUUUGCAUGCAUAUAAAGAC